AUGAAUGCCAUGGAUCAAGGCAAUGCCAGGAAAAGGAGAAGAAGCUCAGUCGACGUUCCAGAAACUGUGGAAACUUUCUUGGUGCGACGGUUCGGGCCCAAGAUCCAGACUCUGCUGCUACGGCUCUAUUACCCUCAUCUAUUCGAAACUCCAUGGGCUGCUACGAUGCCGGCUGUUGGUACCAGUGGGUCCCCCAAUUAUUAUCUGCUUCUCUAUCUUAAGCGACCAGGUCGACAAUACCAGCUGCAUUGCGAUGCAUGGUUGAGUCGUGAAAAUCACUUUUUUGACAGGGCCCACGCCGCCCUGCAAUCAAGUCAUCCAUCCUCCACUCACCCAGGGGCCAAAACUGCGAGUCAUAUGGGCGAUCAGGUUGUUACAUGGGGGCAGACUGUAUGGUAGGUUCGGGAACAACAAGAAAAAAAAAAAAAAGAAAAAAAUUUUUUCCCUUUCCCCUUCGCUCUUUUGCCCCCUCCCUUUUCCCCAUUCCGGAUCACCAUCGAACAGCCAGGCGGGAAACACAAGUGUCCACUGUUGGGCAUUCGAAGAACCAAUGGCCCGUUGGGAGUCCAUCAACAUCACAGGGAGCAAAAUAAUUCAUGCCAAGGCCAGCAGCCGGUGAUGCCCAGGAUAGCAAGCGAAGGCAGGCCCUUGUGGUACACUCAAAUUACGAAUGCUGAGAUAGAUGAUGGUGAGUCCCGGCGUUUAUGAUUUGUUUACUAGUAUCCAUCAUCGCCACCAUUGUCACCAGCACCACAAGGUAGUAAUCAUUGACCAUACACAGUCGGGUAUCUAGACAAGUCUGGUUCCAAUUCGAGGGCUGCAUCAGAACAAUAUACACACGGGCUC